AUGAAAAACAAACGUAUCGCACUGGUCACCGGCGCAAACAAGGGCAUUGGACUUGAAAUUGCGCGUCAGCUGGCGCAGGCUGGGGUAGACGUGAUUAUCGGCGCCCGAGACGCCAGCCGCGCUGCUGCUGCCAUUGCCGACCUGGCGACUCAAGGGUUGGCGGCACAAUCUUUAUCCAUCGACCUGAACGAUCACGCCAGUAUCGAAUCGGCCGCCAGAAUCAUCGAAUCCCAGUACGGCCGACUCGAUAUCCUAGUCAACAAUGCAGGCAUUGUCGAUGCUCUCGACGGGCCACCAAGCACGUCGGCACCCAAAGCGGCACGCCGUAUCAUGGACACCAAUUCUCGUCGGCACGCUGGCAGUCACGCAAGCCAUGCUGCCGCUGCCGCGCAAAGCGCCUACUGCGCGGAUCGU